GGUGAUAAGGUGACACAUCAACAGUCAGGUUUAUAUCAUAAUGACCUUAUACUAACUGAAACUUCAUUCGGUAGAUAUCAGGAAAUGCUUCGCUCGAAGCAGAGACAGAGAAGCAGUAAGGAGAGAUGAGAAAGAGGGAGUUUUAGUGCGACUUAACCGCGCCCCUAGCAGGCCAGGGGUGGCUCGUUUGUGGUAACGGAUCAAGGUCUGAACAAGGAGCUGCCAACGAUUACUACACACCGCUCUUUCCUGAAGAGAAGUAGUUUUCCUCUUGUGCACUGUCAGUCUGAGGUUCUCCUCCAUCUGAAGAAGAUCUCUGUUCGCUGAACCAGACAAUCAGUGCAGGAAGGCGCGGUGAGCUGCAGCUGCACACAAUGAUCUCCAACAUCGCCUUUUGUUCUCAGACUCUUCGGAACAACUGCAGCUUUUCCAGAACUUUAAAAGUUUUGCAGAGACCAUGGACGCGUCAGCCAGGUUUAUCUGCAGCAAGUCGUGGCAUCCAUGUGGACUCUCCACCCAUCAUCCCAACUCUCACUACCAGUUAUGCCCGCACCUCGUCCGCAUCUUUGCUCCACACUACAGUCGGAGAGUCUCUGCUGAGGGCUGUGGAGCGCUGGCCUGACAGGGAGGCAAUGGCCUUUCUACAAGAUGGAGUCCGAAAGACCUUUGCAGAGUUUCAGAAGGAUGUGGACCAGGCUGCAGCUGGACUCCUGGCUCUUGGACUGAAUAAAGGAGACAGGCUUGGCGUGUGGGGACCUAACACUUAUGAAUGGGUCCUGUUCCAGUUUGCCACAGCCAGAGCUGGAAUUAUAUUGGUGUCUGUGAACCCAGCAUACCAGCUGCAGGAGGUGGAGUUUGCAUUGCGGAAGGUCGGCUGUAAAGCUAUAGUGUGCCCCACACAGUUUAAGACUCAGAAGUACUGUGACAUGCUGCGACAAAUAUGUCCAGAGAUCGAGUCAUCCAGCCCAGGAGACAUUAAGAGUGCCAGACUCCCAGACCUGCGCUCUGUGAUUGUUCUGGAUAGUCGACAUCCAGGAAUGCUUCAUCUGGACGACGUGAUGCAGGCUGGCAGCAGUCAAUACGUGCAGCAGCUCCAAGAUCUGCAGAAGAAACUCUCGUUUGACGACCCAAUAAACAUCCAGUUCACUUCGGGCACAACUGGGGCUCCAAAGGGUGCUACCUUGUCUCAUCACAACAUCGUAAACAAUGCCUACUUUAUUGGCAGAAGAGUGGGAUACAACUGGAGGCCUAACCCUCGGAUCUGCCUGCCUGUUCCUCUGUACCACUGCUUCGGCUCUGUGGGUGGUGGGAUGUGUAUGGCCAUGCACGGCAUCUCCCUGGUCUUUCCCUCUCCUGGAUACGAUGGAAAGGCCAACCUAGCAGCUCUGGAGAGUGAAAGGUGCACCUUCGUCUACGGCACCCCAACCAUGUACGUAGAUAUGAUUAACCAGCCAGACUUAGCUAAAUAUGACUUGUCAACAGUGGAAGCAGGCAUCAUGGCUGGAUCCCCCUGUCCUCCAGAGCUUGUAAAGAAAGUUGUAUCUUUGAUGGGCAUCAAGGAAAUAACAAUUGGAUAUGGAACCACGGAGAACAGCCCUGUGACGUUCUGCGCCUCCCCAAAAGACAAUUUGGAGAGGAAGUCGGAGACAGUCGGCUACAUCAUAGACCACUUAGAGGCUAAAAUAGUGGACCCUACCACUAGAGAGAUCGUACCUCUGGGGAUGAUGGGGGAGAUUAUGAUCAGAGGACACUGUGUGAUGUUGGAGUACUGGGGGGACAAAGUGAAAACAGAGGAGUGCAUCACUAAAGAAGGCUGGUACAAAACCGGAGACAUCGGCAGCAUGGACGGGUACAGCUACUGUCGUAUUGAGGGCAGGAUUAAAGACAUGAUCAUCAGAGGAGGAGAGAACAUUUACCCGGCUGAGAUCGAACAGUUCCUGCACACACACCCCAAAGUGAAAGGAGGUCAGGUGGUUGGAGUCGAGGACGCUCGUAUGGGUGAAGAAGUCUGUGCCUGUAUCAAACUUGUGGACGGACAGGACUGCACUGCCGAGGAAAUCAAAGCUUUCUGCAAAGGACAGAUCGCUCACUUCAAGAUUCCUCGCUACAUACUUUUUGUAACCAGCUACCCGCUCACUAUUACUGGAAAGAUCCAGAAGCAUAAACUACGUGCGGACGCUGAGAGUCAGCUGGGACUGAAGAAGGGAAAAUGAGAGGGUCCACUCAUGUAUGGAGAGAAACUGUAUACUGUGUAUCACAAACACCAAUUAGGAUUAUAUACCCAGCCAUCAGAGCAGCUUCGAAUAUCUCCAGAUAUAAUAAUAACAGUUUGAGCCUCCUGUAGACGUGUGAUAGAUGGGUAUGUGCUGAUCCAGAUGGUUGUGUAUCCUCCUGUAACCGCUUUUUAAAAGAUAAGAGUUGUCAUAUUGUGUAUUUUUCUGACGGUCAACCAAUCACGUGAAAAGACCAAAACGAACAAUGAACUGAUCUGUCUGUGUAGACAAAAACACAGUUGCACUGGGUCCAACCUCGAACACACACUGUAGUUUGGAUUUGACAAAAUGUGUAUUACUCUGCAGCUGAAACAAAUGCACUUGUUAUGACCAGUUUGAGUAACUUUUGUUUAAAAACCACAGUGACCAGAUGUUUGAGAAAGUUACUGAGCUCUUUAUAAAAAUGAAACCAUAUAUUUGGAACUGUUUGAAAUUAAAUAUUUACAUCUUCACUAGGAACCAGUGGGUUUGGGGUUGAGUGCCACACACAGAGUAGGGAACUGUAGGAAAGUUAAAAAGAGUUUGAGUAAUGUAAUGUUGGUUUGAGCCUUUUUGUGAGAUUUGUUGACAGUAAGAAAAAUAUAGAAUAACACACUACUGCUUAGUUUUAUAGGUAUGAUAGAAAUGUGAAGCCAAAGUGAUCCAUAAAUGAGUGGGCGUCUCGUGAAGCUGCUGAGCCUCUGCACUCAAUCAUACAUACAGUAUAUAGAAUAUCAGUGGAGAACUUAUUGAACCACUCAGUUCUCCACUGUUCCUCUUUUUUUAUCCUGCAGAAAGCUAUAAAAAUCUUUUUUUAACAUCAACUUGAAAUAAACUUUGUACCGCAUUAUUAAAA